GUCAGUAAUAUUUUUGAUCAUGUUCCAUGUCAUUUAUUAAUGUGUGUGGGUAGUGAUGGCAACAAGUUAGUCUAAUCAUGAUCAGGAUCUUGACCACCUUGUAAAGUGUGCCCUCCUCGAAGUUCAUACAUUUUGUUAUAUUCAGAAAGUGAAUAAACUAGUUAUGUAUUUUUUUUCCCCACUUUCUCUCGCCCUACAAAUCGUCCAGAUCUCAAGACGUAACUUUUCAGAGUCGCUAAUAAUUUCAGCAUAUGCGCGGUGGACGCGUGAAUCGACGUGUAGUUUGCUCAGACGUAGCCGGUGGGCACAAGCUGCCUGCCCUCAGUCUGUAAUACAGCGCCUGCGUUUAUCAGGGGGAAAGCACAUUAAUCCUCUUUAGUUCCAAUCAGUAAAGGGGGCGGAGUGCUCUCCUAUUGCGUGUUUAGUUAUGUGACCUGUUAUUAGGAGUGCAGCAAUGCAAAGCGUGGCUGUCAGAGUUGCAGCGAAAAACAGAAGCAAAUGAAUUUGACUGGAAACGGUGUCCAGUAUUUCCCAGAAUCAAGCGGAUGAGUUUAUUGCUAUGGCUUGUCACAAGUAUCCUGCUGUUGGAACGGCACUGAUAUUUCUCGCCUUCGCUCAGUUCGGCACAGCCCUCAAGUGUGUUUGCCAUGUCUGUGCCAACAACACUUGUGAAACAGAGGGGGCCUGCUGGAACUCUGUGAUGCUCAUUAAUGGCAAGGAAGAGGUGGCCAAGUCCUGUGUCUCUCCUUCUGAGAUGAAAGGCCAGGUGUUCUGCUACAGCUCCAGGAAUGUGUCAAAGAGGCAAUGCUGCUUCACAGACUUCUGCAACAAUGUCACCCUCCAGCUCCCCCGAGUUGGAGAUCCAUCGGUUCCAUCCAAGUGGGGAGCACUGGAGCUGGCUGCUGUGAUCAUUGUUCCGGUGUGCCUCCUGUGUUUGGGGAUAAUCCUGGGAAUCUGCACGCUACACGGUCGGCAGAGAUGCACCUACAGCAAGGCUAAAAAGCAUGACAUGGAAGAAGCUUUGUCUGAUCGAAAUGUAAUGUCAUCUGGAAAGUCCCUGAAAGAUCUCAUAUUUGACCUAACCACAUCAGGAUCUGGAUCUGGACUUCCAUUGCUAGUUCAGAGGACAAUCGCCAGGACUAUUGUCCUUCACGAAAUAAUUGGAAAGGGGCGUUUUGGGGAGGUUUGGCGAGGGAAGUGGCGAGGGGAGGAUGUGGCUGUCAAAAUCUUCUCCUCUCGUGACGAGAGGUCUUGGUUCAGGGAAGCAGAAAUAUUCCAGACGAUAAUGUUGAGACAUGAAAAUAUCCUGGGCUUCAUUGCUGCUGAUAAUAAAGAUAAUGGAACUUGGACCCAGCUCUGGCUUGUCUCAGAAUAUCACGAGCACGGAUCGCUGUUUGAUUAUCUAAACAGAUACACUGUCUCUGUGGAAGGAAUGAUACUUCUCGCACUUUCUAUCGCCAGUGGUCUGGCACAUCUUCAUAUGGAGAUAAUUGGCACUCAGGGAAAACCUGCCAUUGCUCACAGAGAUUUGAAGUCCAAAAAUGUCUUGGUGAAAAAGAACGGUAUGGGUGCAAUUGCUGAUUUGGGCCUUGCUGUUAAACAUGAUUCCAUUUCGAACAUGAUCGAUAUACCUUCAAACCACAGAGUGGGAACAAAGAGGUACAUGGCUCCAGAAAUCCUUGAUGACACAAUCAAUAUGAACAACUUUGAGUCGUUUAAACGAGCUGACAUCUACUCUCUGGGCUUGGUGUACUGGGAAUUGGCACGAAGAUGCUCCGUGAGAGGAAUUUAUGAAGACUACCAGUUGCCUUAUUAUGACAUGGUGCCUUCUGAUCCUUCUAUAGAAGAUAUAAGAAAAGUGGUUUGUGACCAGAGACUGAGACCUAACAUUCCCAACCAGUGGCAGAGCUGUGAAGCGCUCCGGGUGAUGGGGAAGAUAAUGCGAGAGUGCUGGUACAACAGUGCGGCUGCUCGGCUCACAGCACUUCGCGUCAAGAAGACUCUCUGCCAGCUGACUGUGAGCAAGGAUGUAAAGGACUAGCUGACGUUUCAGCAGGGCGAAGGAUGAUCCGUGUGUAUUCAAAGUUCAUGCUACCUCAAACUAUAUUUAAGUGCCCAAGGCUUGACAUUGUAAAACUGCAUUUGCUGUAUAAUUACUUUUACUGCUACGCAACAUGGCAGACUGAUUGUAAUGUUGUUACUGAGUAACUCACCGGCAUGCCUGAUUGUACAGGAUGUUUGUUCUACCUGCAGAAUAACUGUUACCACAAAGUUUUGCAUUUAGGUUAAGAUGGUAUAAAUUAAUAUAUCUGUUGGAUGAAUAAGAUGAGUUCUAUUUUUCAUACAGGUACAAUUAAAUGCUAUUUUUUAUAUAAUACACCAAAAUAUGAGAAUCUUUCUAAAUUCCACUCAAAAUAACACCUCAGAGGACCAACGUUAUAGUCUGAAUGAACACAUCUGCCAUUCAGAGACUUUUGGGUUUUUACCCUGGCAUAAUAGCUUUUGUUACCUUCAGUAUAAUCGUUGUUUAAAAAUGAGUGAUAUCUUAGUUGUAGACUGAGUUUGAUGUACAGUGUUGGGUCUUCAUCUUGUAAUUUCAAGUAAAACUUGUGUAAGAAGGUAGAGGCACUCUACUGCUUGAGAUUUAACCUGCAGUGAUAAUGUCUGUAUUUCAGCAGUUUCGUUUUUUUUUUUGUUUUGAAAGGCAGGUGUGACAUAAAAGGAUAGUUGAUACAUAACUCUUUUAAGUUGCUUUAUUAAAUUUUCCAUUCAAUAUUUUUCAUUCUUAUGGUUAAUGGAAAUCGAAAAUUACUCCCACACUGACAUGAUCUCAAAACCGUAUUUUGUUUCAAUCAAAUGUAAAUCUCAUUUUCAUCAUCAAACCUCAUUAGACUACAUUGUUUCGUAGGUGGUUAACUUUACAUCCUUUAAGAGCUUUUAUUCAAAAACAAUGCAUCGAAGAAUACUGUAACUUAAACAAAAGCUGUCAUUAAAUGUAUUUUUAGUGACAUUUAAUGACAUUUUUAAAAGUAAAUUCUUGAUCUCAGGUCAGGAUUUUAAAAUCGUAUUUAGAUCUUGAUACUCCUGUCCCAAAUAUAAUAUGAAAUGAUUUUGCUCAUAUUUCCUACUUUGCGCCAGAGUCAUACUGUGAAUAUUUAAGCAUUACGCAGAACUGAAAGAUGUGAAGUUGCUUAAUGAAGCAUUCUGCUUUUGCUGCAGAAACAUUCUGAGCUGUUAUUGCAGAGCCUUUUUAAGAAUGUUUCUUGUACAGAUUAUCAAGAGCCAACAGGAAUGGUCCUGGAUGUAAAUAAUAGCAUAUAUUAUAUUUUGUACAAAUACAUUUUGUUCAUAUUGUAUGGUAUUGUGUUGUACUAUAGCUAUGAAAAAUCAUAAAGGAAUAUAUACUUUAUUUUAAGAAAACAUUUUGAAUUAUUCUUUAACAAUCUUUCCAGUUUGAUAUAAAGCCUCAUCCUUAACAUUACUUUAAACAUUUUUUUAAUUAAGUUUGAAAUGUUGAAAGCAUUGUCAGUGAAGUGUACUCAUGGAAUAGCAGUUUAUGAAUCCUUAUUAUUGCAUUGAAUGGCUUUCCAUUGGUUAGAUAUUACUUCUAAAAGUUCUCCCAGGCUUUUUUUCUUGUCAGUAUUUUAAAAAUUACUGAUGGCAUAUGAGUGUGUUCUGAACAGUAAUAUUCUAAACACCUAAUACUGUCAAAAAAGACAUAAUGAGAACUACCCUGGAAACUAGUAACUGUAUUAAAGAAAUACUCCAAAAAGUCAACAUUCCACAUAAUUCAAAUGCUAGAUUUUAUAUGUGCCAUGACCCCAUACUCUAUAAUUAUAUUUUAAAACUUUGAAAAUUCGUUUUUUUAUAUUGACAUUCACUGAAUGUCAGGUGAAUCUGAUAAAAAAAACUCUUUCCAGCUUUCCUCAAUAGGAAUCAACAUCUUGUUUUGUAACGUGGCUAGAGCUUUCAGUAUUCUGUGUUAUUUUACAACUCAAGAAUUUGAUACAGUAUGAAGUUGAAGUUAAAUGUCAAGACAUUCAUCUGCUCUAAGGACCUGGCAAAAGGAAGUUUUUUCAUAACCAGGAUAAUGUGAGUGAGAUCACAUGGAUGAGCUUUACCCACUAAAUAACCAGGCUUGUCUUUGUUUCAGCCACACCUUAAUAUUAGAUAUUGGGUCCAUUACUGUAUAUGAGGUUCUUAACUGAAGUUUGAGAGGGAUGAUGACAACCAAGUCAAACUUUGCCCCAGAUGUUCUAAAUCAUUCCCUGUGUUUAUAAUUUAAUUUCAUGAUUCCCUCUUCCACCCCAUCUCUACUGUUGUAGAUACACCUUGGUUGACUCCUCAUUCUAGUCCUCGUCAUACAGCCCUUAGCUAAGCCCAAUCUUGAUAUGAAUACUCAGAAAGCACCUUCAAGUGCAUUUAAUUCCUGAGUGCCGUUAUUCCUUGUGAACUGAGAGUUAGUAUCCUGAUUAAUAUUAUGGUGCUUUUUUGAUUUUUCUCUGUAAGUGUUGGAGAUCUGUAUCAACAUAUUGUCACGUUACAAAGUGUGUUACAAAAAAAAGGACUGUGCAGUGUUACGAUUUUGUGAAUACAUCUGAGUACAACUGUUAGUACAAAAAACAUGAAUGUAAAAAAUGUAAUUCACUCUGAAAUGGACAUUUUGUUUUGUCUUACACCACCCCCUUCAAAAUACUUUGUAUCGGAUGGAUUUUUAAAACACAAUUUCAAUUCGGCUGCAGAGGUGUAGUUUGGGUUUGGAUUAACUAAACUCCCUCACAGUGAUGUUGUGUUCUUUAUAUUCUUUGAUAAAAUGUUGAGCAUGUGGCGUCAAACAAAUCAUACAUCAUUAACGUUCUUGAUUGUGAUUUACUGGCUGAGGGUUCUCGUUUAUCAGAUGCACGAGCUUGUUUGUACAGUAUUCAGGUGGUUGUGUUUUUAUUUUACUGGCUAAUCCAAGUUAAAAGGCUAGACUGGUUUGUGCGUCCUACUUGUGACACUAGAUAUACUGAAUGCCACACUCAAAUAUUUUAAGUCUCUCUCUGUGUUGUUUUUGAAUAUGAUGACAAUGUUUCAGUCUGUAUGUGAAAUAAUUCUGUAACCUGUUAAAAAUGCUUCUUUAAUAUUGCUUGUGACAUACUGCUUUAUACACUUGUAUCGAUUCUUCUGUCUUUACUAUUGUAUAUCAGUGUGAGUUUUAUAUUUGUGUAUGACAUAGAAAAACAGAAGCACAUACAAUAGUAAUUAUGGCCUGUUUCACAUCACAUAUUAAGCUAAUGGAAAAGGGAGUAUUUAUACAAUUGUCUCUAGCAAAGCACAUGGGUUGACUAAAAUGAUCUGGCUCUGAAGAAAAUUCAGUUUUUUUCUAAACUAUUAUUUUUAGACAUAUUUGAAUAUAAACAAUCUGUUUACUUUUUGCAGCUGGUUUUGCUAACAGAGAUGUUUAACCAGACGUUAUUCUGAGUGGGAGCUUUCCAGAUUUUUUGCUAACUCCUAAAUCAGUAUUUUGUAACAUAUAAAUCAUAAAAUUCAACAGAUAUGCCACCAGCUUGCUUCAUUUUUUCUCAGAAUUAAAGAAUAAAAGUUUAUUAAAUGUAUUUCAAUAUCCAAAGCAUUGUUUUAUUACUUAAUAAAUGUGCAUUUAUUAUUUAGUCAAAUUUAAUACAAAAUGCUGAUUUUGAGUUAAUUUCCGAUUACUCCGUUCUUUAUGCCAUCAGACACUGGCUUGUUGUUACAAAACACAAAUUGUGUCAAUGAAAAAGAAAAUCCUGGUUCUUGGAUAUGUAUGCUUAGCAGUACAAUAAUCUAAAACUAAGAGUAUAAUUUAAAGACAAACAGAAAAAAUAUAUAUAAUUUGUAAAAAUAUCUUAGAUGCUACAGUAGUAAAAAUUCAGUUAAAUUCUGUGAACAUUGCAGAAAUGUAUAUCAUGCUGUUAAAUCUUUUUCAUGAUAUUAUGAAUAUAUUAAAUCUAUCAAAUUUUAAUUCGGAAUAGACCCAGUCAAACAAGUACAUUUUCAGCAGUUAUGUCAUUUAUGAUUUGUUCUGGUAAAUUAAAUGGGUCUUAAAUGUAUUAUCCUGCUAUUCUGAAGAAAAUUUCUUCCUGGAUGUUUUCAUCCUCAGGAAUAAAACAUUAGAUGAGAUGGGAAUGCAGUUCAGGAAUUAAACAUCAUACAGUAACUUCUGAUCUUUGCUAACACUUUAAAUAAUUCGAUUCAUUUUAUUUUCUCUUCUUUUGCCUUUGUUACGCUUUCUUGCAGCUCAGGAAACUUACACAGUGUCAGGCUCUUUUAUCCCUUUUCUGUUUGGGGAUUGUUUGUCUUGCUAACUAACAAAACAAUUGUGCAAGUGAAGAUUGGGGAUUAAAAGUUUGUUGUGCAAGAAAGAUAAUUGUAAACAUGAGGUUUCUGGCUGGGGCACUGAAUUCCAGUGCUACAGUAACUCAGGUUUAUGAGUCACUUUGCCUUGUAAGAUUAAGUUAAAACAUGUUUUUCAUUCUCUAUCUGCUGUUUCUAUUCUGGUUUUGCUCUUGUGAAGCAAAAUCUAUGCGCUCUGUUGUAAAUUACCUGUUGUAAUUUAUUUAAACAAGUUCAGAAGGGAAGACAAAUCUGUGUUUGAUAUCAGAUGGAUUUGAACACAACAGAGCCUAUAUUCAGACCCCUGUGAGGAUUUUAUUGCUUAUCAGACCGUGUUUUGAAUAUGAGGCCCAUAGCUUGGGACUGUUAGAAAUUACACAGAAUGAUACAAUUAUUUGAAACAACGUGCAUAUCCAGAUUCAGUCAAAAUGGUGGCCCAUCCCUCAAUCAAAGUUGACACAGUACGUAUUGGCAUGUAUCCAUUUGUGAGUGGUUAGAGCUAUUGUAGUUUUGUAACCUGUGAAUGAUUAAUUAUUAUUAGUUUUGAUGUAGUCUAGGCUACAUGUUCUCUUGGUGAAUGGAAUAGUAUUGUAGAGUGUUCCUGCCUUAAUGUUUGACCUGACUUAGUGAUUUCUCUUCGCUCCAAGUCUAUGAAGAAGUCGUUUCAUGAACGUGGAUCCUUAUGUGCAGAGUGCAGAGAUACCUAGGGCAAUCUAUAUCCAUUAAAAUUAUUUCUCAUAAAACACUUACAAGAUUGUUACACAGGAUCAGCUACAUAUGUGGUUUCAAAGAUGUUACAAAAGCAAACACCAGAGGGUAUAAAACAAAAUAGUCAACAUGACUCCACUACAGACAUGAUAAGCUCCCCCUAAUAAUUAUUUCUGGAACCUUCCCUGCAUAAACACCCACCAUUCUACUCCACAUUGAUUUAAUUACAGUACUCUUGCAUUUGUAAACCUAUAAUGCACAGGUUUUCUUUGUAGACUGUGAAAAGAUUUCCUUAACAUUUUGAUAUUAAUCAUAGGUUAUCAGUACCUAACUAUGACAUAAAUACAGUAUAUAUAUAUAACAUAACCAACAUUCAGCUUUAAAUGAGUUGUACAUCUGGUAAGAUAAAUGUAAAACAAAGAGUAAAAUGCCAUGCUGUUCGGUAUAAUGUGGCAUAGGGAUAAAAAAUGGUGACAUAUCCCACAAUGUUAUAGUUUUGCUCCAGGCAUGUGGUGAAUGUAAAUAAAGACAAAAUACAAGCUUUCCUUACAUACAGUGUACAGUGUACUGUACAUACAGUAGUUUGCCACAAGACUAUUAUUUAGAAUACACAAGCUAAGAUGCUUAUUAUGUUGUACUUCUUGUACACUUUGCUUAUAUGUUUAGUUUGCAUGUUCAAGUAGUUAUAUCAUCACAAAUUAUAUACUUUGGAGCAAUUAAAUUGACACUGAACAUCAAAAGAAACAUCACUGGAUGUUUAUCUGGAAAAUUGCAAAAUCCCUUUGGAACAGAUUUUGACAUAGGUAAAUUAAUUAUGCUGUUUAACAUUUGUCAUCAAUGGGGCUGAUCAACAGGGGGUCUGCAGUGCAGGUCACAGGCUAAUAAUGUGUGUGGCCACCACUGAAAGCAAUACAAGCUGCACAUCUGCAACUUAUGCUUUUCUCCAGGUUACAGAUGUUUUGUAGCAUUCAGUCUAUUCGUCUUAGAGAGCCUGGACAAGCAUUAUCCCUAGAUUCCACAUUAUUUCAGAUCAUUCCACAAAUGCUCAGCUUCCAUCUGGUGAGUAGAGAAUACAUGGCACCACUGUUGUUACACCAAAAGCAUGACAUGCAUUGUCCUGCUAGAAUGAUGUCAAAUCAGGAUGAGCCCGCAGGACAGGCUGUAAGUGAAAUCCCAGGACCUGAUUGACGGAGUGCUGUGUGGUGACGUUGUCAUCAGUCAGCCUGUUGUUUUCUGUAGAGAUUGGACUCUCCUGCUCAGACCUUCACACUUAGUGAUGUCCUACAUCGUGGCGUAUCAUUGCCAGACAGUGUUUGCCUGAAUAACAUCUGGCCAAGUUAGAUAUCGUUGGCUUUAAGGACCCCAGACAGUGAGCAACAGUGCUCUGACUUAAUCCAAUCUCCAGCAUACCUGUAUUGCUCAAAGUGGCUUUCUGUGUUUUUCUUUGUUGAUUUUCAGCUGGUGUGGCACUCAACAGGUUAAAUCACCUUGUCAGUUGUGCCCAAUCAACUCUCUCACUAAUGAGAUGAUUAAGUGCUUAUGCAGCAGUCAGCCACGCUCAAGUGGUCAGUCAUGAUCAGUUAAUGAAAAUAAUGCCAAAAACAUUUAACCAAUAUCCAAAAUGGAGGCAUUAAAACAUACAUUCAUAGAGUAAUAAGUUUCUUUUGAUGCCCAGUAUAUUGUAUUGAGGACUUACAGUAAAUACCAUAAGUCCAUUCCCAUGUGCUACAAUGGUGGACACUAAACGACUUUUAGCAGUAGCACGACAAGCCUUCACACACAUGGAUCCAGCGCAGGCACAUGUGGUGUUCAUGUCUCUCCAUCUGGCACCAAUCUGGCUUGCACUAUAGUUUCAAUGGGUUCCUAAUUUGUCACAUUUGCACGAGUACCAAAUUUCAAUGUUCCACAGUGCAGUUUCUUGAUUCCGCAUUGUAAGAGCCCACUUCUUAUCACAGAUACAUUUAAAUAUUGAUCUAUUCAGGAUUGAAGUUUGAAACUCAUCUGGAAAUCAAAAAGUUUGAAAUUUGGAGGUAACUGUUUCCAACAGAUCUUUAUUAAGUGUAUGUUUCUUACAGGCGGUUAUGCUAAUUUCCCCCUAAGAGGAAUUCAGUUUGUUUCACGAUGAUAUCGCAUAUCACUGUAGUGAUUUUUCAUGUCAUGUUUAUUGUAUGAAAUGUUUUUGUGCACGUAGCAUAGAAAAUAAAAUUUAUUUUGCCUUUAUGCCUUGCCCCCUUUU